AUGGGAGUAUUAGCCUCCCGGCACAAGACGGUGCCAAGAGGCGAAGGAGUAAAGCUCGCCUUUGAUCCGGACGAGAAGUGGAGUAAUCUCUAUCGAGAACGAGAAAAGAAUCAUUUGUAUAAAUGGGUUGGUGUACGAAAAGGUGGAGAUCUCAUAAAUAUCUAUGAGCGGGACGGCGAAGAUGGUGUACUGAAAUUCGCCGAUGAAAAAAUGACUGGAAUGCUCUAUAACGAAGGACGUCAACCACAAUUGAUCAAAGCUCAGGACUAUAUAAAAUGGAAGAAAGGAGUGAACGUGCAACUCGGCUUGAGCGAUGUUAGCGGUCUCGAAAUGCACGAGAUGAAAUUCAAAGAGCAUCAGGCACUUUGGAAACUGAACAAACGUGGUGUCGAUGGCGAAAAUAUCAUACAUUUACUUCUUAACAGAGAGGAACAGGUAUGUUACGAAAUCGCUCGGAUUCUUCUUAAGCGUUAUCCAGGCUUGGCCAAUGAUAUCUAUAUGGGUGACGAAAUGUUCGGCCAAACAGCCCUCCAUCUGGCAAUCGUUCAUGACGACUACGAGACCGUACAACUGCUUCUCGCCAGCAAUGCCGACGUGAACGCACGAGCUUGUGGCUAUUUCUUUCUACCUGAAGAUUUCAAGGCCACCAAUAAAGUCACCGACUAUCAAGGAUAUGCUUACUAUGGCGAGUAUCCCUUAGCAUUUGCAGCGUGUUUUGCCAACAAGGACAUCUACGACCUGCUCAUUCAGUACGGUGCUAACCCGAAUCUACAGGAUUCGUUUGGGAAUACCAUCUUACAUAUGUGUGUCAUCAACUACAGCAGCUCAAUGUAUUCGUACGCUGUUCGACAUUGGGCGAAGCCAGCUGACCCACAUGUGGUAAACCACGCUGGUUUGACACCGUUGACAUUGGCAACAAAACUGGGACGAAAGCAUAUUUUUGAGGAAAUGCUCGAGUUAAUGAAAGUGGAGUUUUGGCGUUUCUCGGACAUGACAUGUUCGGCGUAUCCGCUGAACGCUCUGGAUACCAUACAACCAGACGGUUCCACCAAUUAUGACUCGGCAUUGAUGACGGUGAUCAACGGCAGUACCGCUGAGCACUUGGAUAUGAUUGGAAGCGAAGUGAUUCAACGCCUACUCGCCGACAAAUGGAAGGCGUUCGCUAUGCGAAAGCUAAUCGAACGUCUUGCACUGCUCAUUGUUCAACUGGUCACUUUAUCGAUAGUAGUUUAUGUGCGACCUACUGAGGUCUCACGACUGUACAUGCAGGAACCCCAAUGGGAUGAUUAUAUACGUACAGUCUGUGAAGUGCUGACCAUUAUAAAUUGUGUAUUUUUCGUGUUCUUUCAACAAUUUGGAGAGAUUCGUACUCAAGGAUUGACCGGGUAUUUUAGGAACUUGAAGACGGUUCCAGCAAAAGCGGUAUUUUGUGUGGCUAAUAUUUGUAUUUUAUUGUGUAUACCUUUUCGUUUCCUACAUUUACAUGAAAUCGAAGAGGCUCUAUUUGUCUUUGCACUACCCGGUUCAUGGAUGUUUUUGUUGUUUUUUGCCAGAAGUGCCAAGCUGACUGGUCCAUUCGUGCAAAUGAUUUACAGUAUGAUUGCUGGUGACAUGAUGCGAUUCGCUAUCAUUUCAGCAAUCUUUCUGGUCUCCUUCUCACAAGUUUUUUAUUUCGUCGGCAAAGACAUGGACGCUAAACAACAUUUGAAUCAUACGAAUCCACAUCAUUGUCCUGUCGAUGGAUACGAUAUCUACACGUACGACAACUUUCCAGAGACGUUCAUCACGUUGUUUCGUGCCAGCAUGGGCGGAUACGACUACGAAGAAUUCGCAUGUGCAAACUAUGAAGUACUAACGAAAACGUUGUUUGUCCUGUACAUGUUCGUGAUGCCGAUCAUGAUGAUCAACAUCCUCAUCGCUAUGAUGGGCAACACCUACACCACCGUUAUCGCACAAGCAGAGAAGGCCUGGCGACAGCAGUAUGCUCAAAUUGUGAUGGUGUUGGAAAGGUCGGUAGGACGUGAGAAAUUGGCAGCCAGCCAACUUGAAUACAGUAUCAAGUUGAACGAUACGAACGAUGCUGCGCUGGAGGUUCGUGGACUGAUGGUGAUCAAACAGACGAAGAAAACUCGAGCAAAACAACGUAAACAAGCCAUCCAUCACUGGAAAACCAUCAGUCGAAAGGUAAUUCAUACAAUAGCCAAAGUCGGAAAAGAGACUGCCAUAGUUCUUCUUCAUGGUCAUGAUCGAGUUGAACCAAUUAUUAGCGAAGAGGAAAGGGUUCACAUCGAUGUAUUUUUUACAAUAAUUUCGUGUGUUCAGCACCGAACGUUACGAGUUCGUGGAGUUGAGAUGGUACCGUCCGCAGAUGUACCGAAUAUGCCUACGAGUUCACCACCGCAUCGAGCUAUCAGUCCAAAAGUUCGCCAUGAUAUGUUUCAUAGAAAAGACAGUUUUAAUAGUGGUGCUAGCAAAUGA